AUGUCGCCCUUAUUAACAAAAAGAUUGUUUUUGUACGCUCUGCUGGCAGGCGUCGCCACAAUUCUCAUGUUGGUUGGUCACUACGCCUACAACAACUCACGGCACUCAAACACCUCAUCCCGAUCAAUCUUGACGUCUCAGUCCGAGCAGAAAGAGCAACCAUUCCCGAACAAGAUCUGGCAGAGCUGGAAGGACGACUCCGAAGACCCUACAGAACGGACCGUUGGCUUCCCUCAUCAAUGGCGCGCCGUCAAUCCUGAUUGGCGAUACGAACGAGUCAUCGACGCCAACAGCGACACCUACGUUCGAGAUAACUUUGACGAGCCCAUCUCGGAGGUGUUCACGCGUCUUGAGGACCCGAUCCUGAAAGCCGACUUCUUGAGGUACUUGAUCCUCUUGCGAGAAGGUGGCGUUUGGGCUGAUAUCGACGUCUUGCCCCUUCAACCCGUCUCUAAAUGGAUCCCAGAAGAGUACCAGGGCAAGGUGAAUCUGGUCAUCGGCAUUGAGAAUGAUCAUCACAAGAAACCUAUUUGGCCUGGCUCCCCAUACUCCGUUCAGCUAUGCCAGUACACAGUAUUGGCCAAGCCAAACCACCCAGCCCUCAGAAACAUUGUCAAACAAGUGACUAAAGAUAUCGACGAGCUUCUUUCUUCCAAGAACCCAGGGGAGUCAGUCACCUUUGAGGAAGUCAUGUCCACCACGGGUCCUUUCGCAUUCACCAAGGCCAUGAUGGACUACUUCAAUGAGAUGACGGGCGAGGAGCACACUGGCAAUGAGCUGGAUAGACUCAAAGAGCCACGAUUAAUCGGCGACGUUUUGGUUCUGCCCAAGGAUAGCUUUGGAUGGCUGUCGCAUGAGAAUACUCAUGAGGAGGGAGACCCCAGUAUUCUUGUACAGCAUCUAUUUAUGGGAUCGUGGCGAGGUAGCCACCCUGGCUGA